AUGAUUAAUGAUGCUGAUGAUGACGAUUAUGGUAUUGAUGAUGAUGAUGAUGGCGGUAAUGAUGAUCAUGAUGCUAGUGAUAAUUUUGUUGGUUACGAUGAUGGUGACGAACAUAGGCCUCACGAUUAUGAUUUCGAUAACGACGAUGAUGUCAUAAUCAUUUUCAGUUUUUUAAAGAAACAAAGAUUGAUAAUCAUAUCUAUAUAUUUUUUUUAUAUUUCAGGAUGCGAAUCUGGAAUAGCGCACUCUACGGCCGCUCAUCUGGAUUCCCUUGGGUUCACGGUGUAUGCAGCAUUUCUCACUGAAGAUGCAAAGGCAGAGAAAGAAUUAGCACAGCUAUGCUCUGACAGACUGGUGACCCUUUACCUCGACCCAAGCGAUGAUAACAGAGUGACGAGUACAGUCGAAGAAUUGAGAGAAAGUCUCAACGGAAAUGAUUUAUGGGGUUUGGUGAAUGGUGUGUCCACCUGCUACUAUGCAGAAUCUGAGAUCAUGCCGAUGGAUUUCUACCGGAAGCAGUGGACAGUCAAUGUCGAAGGUCAGAUAAGGGUUACAAGAGCACUACUUCCGCUUCUCAGGAGGUCUCGUGGCCGAAUCGUCAAUAUUACGGGUAUAUCAAACCGGCUUCCAGCACCUGGUUUUUCAGCCUUUUGUGCUUCCAAAGCAGCGCUCUUGAUGUACAGUGACGUGCUGCGCAUUGAGAUGAAGAAAUGGGGUGUCAAUGUUUCAGUUAUCGAGCCAUCUGAGUACAGAGCUGCUUUCAACAAAGAUGGAAGACUAAAGAAAGCCCUCCUGCACAUGACACAUGAACUGAACCCGUUGGUAUCACAUGAUUACGGAGAUCAGUACUUUGCCGCUGCCAUGGCAACAGUCGAUCGGGAGGAUGGGACAGACUUUACUCCCGACCAAUCAGCGCCCUGCGAAGCCACUGCACAUGCGCUGUUGGCAAAGAACCCCCAUGAACAGUACUCAUGCGAUAAAACAUCCAUCGUUCUUGGUCUCCUCACAAGCCACGCCCCCACAUUCGUCACAGACACCAUUGCGAAGUAUUUGGCAGGAACGCACAUUUCGGAGCGAUGCCUCGCGAUGACAUCAGAAGGGAAGGGUUCUGUAAAUUGCAGGCAGGCUGCAGACGAUUAUAAAAACGACAACAUCGAAUCUUUAUCAAAUAAUAUAAAAGCAAACAAUUUCCCUAUUGCUACCUGAGAAAUGCUCAACAAAUCAUUAAAUCUAUAACUAAAUUGGCGCUAUUGAUUACCUGCAACAAGCAGGCUUUAGAAUUCCUAAGAAACCAACUCUGACAUCAUUUGUUGAUUUGAAAAUGAAAAACGUGGUGUUAUAGGCCAUCAUGUUGUAUUCACUAUGUCUACUUAGCAAUAAAACAAUAUUACUAUA